CCAAGAUGGCGGGCGAUUGUUAAGGUUUCGAAAAGUUCAGAGCUCGGUUGCCGAGAAAACGUUGGCACUGAAAUUCAACCCGAGAGAGAUUGUCUUCGGUUUGAGGAGACAGUCAAAGUUAAUAUUCUCUUUCCCAAGACUGUUCCCACAGGUCGCGCCACACAGCACAGAACUGCUUUGUUUUGAACUACCACGCGGUUUCUAAAGACUCUUAGAAGAAGCAUCAACAUAAUCGCAGAACAGGAUAUGGAAAAUGAAAACGCAGAUCAAGCAAGAACAUCCAACUUUACUGCGACUUCUACACGAUCUACACCAGAGGAAACUGUGCACAUCGAGUACUUUGAGGUUCCCCUUGAAGGAGCCUCAGGAGGAUUAAUUGCAAGUGUUGCUAAUCAAGUUUCAAACAGCCACAGUGAUGUUCAGUCUCCUAUUACUACUGGUAUUCUUACUGAAAGAGAAUGUCAAAGAAGAGAGGAGCACCUUUGUUUGAAUAGAAAUCAACACCAAGUCUAUUCAUCACCUCAGCCAUCAACAAAUGAAGAUUUAUGUUCUCGGCAGGAUCAAGAUCAAGCAGAGGAUUCAGACUCCAACGAUGAAGAAGGGAUCAGUGUGGAUGAAUUGAAGCAAACAGAUGGAUAUAGGUUAUUUGUGGAAGCUUUGAAUGCCCACUCGACUAAAGAGUAAUUUAUCACUGAAAGACCCUGGGUGCCCUCCUUAAAACUAUUGAUUGGUGCUGCAAAGCUUGCAGAAUACAUCCAGGAGGACAGUUAAUCCCACCACUUUGUUUAUACAGUACCCUUCCUAUUUAAGCAAGUUCAUUAGCUUUUGAUUCCUACAAAUAUAGGUCAAUUUAAUUUAUUUAUUUAUAUAUUUAUUCUUUUAUCUGAGUAUUUUUCGAAACAACCGUUGCCUACGCCAAAAGUAUUUUAUGAACGUUGUAAGAAGUAUUUAAGUAUCUUUAUGAAUGCUAGGAGAAGUAUUGAAGUAUUUUUAUGAACGUUGUAUGAAGGAGGUGUAAGUAUUGUUAGUAUAAUUUGUAUACUGUAACUAGUGUAAGACUGUCGUUGGUUAAAAAAAAAAGGGAAAGAACAAAAAAAAAGAAAAUUACCAGAAAACACGCUGAAAACGCAUAUUGAAAAAAAAACUCUUUGCGUCCAUAACUUGUAUCGCAUUCCUCUGCACAUUUAAUAUGCAUAAAAGUUCUCCGUGAUUGUGAAAUGCUUACAUUGUAAAUGAGUACACAUUUCUAUAAACUUACCGCCAUAAUCUGCACAUGGGCUUCAAAGAAUUGCAGAAAUAACAUACAUUUUCAACUUGUCUCUCUCAGAAGGCCUCAAUUUCUUCAAAAUAAAGAGAGCAACUGCAUUUUUUUGUUGAAAGUAGAAAAGAGAGAUAAAAUUUUGUUCUUAUGGAAAAAGUUAUUUACUUUCCAUUCCACUACAUCAAGCAAGUUACUUAGAGGAUGCCUUUAAUUUCAUACAGAAGCCAUUUGAGACUGACAAUGCACAACUAUACAAUGCAUGAAAACUAGUCAACAAGUCAUACAUUUAUCAAAUUAAGUCAAACACUGUUGAGAGAAGAUAGUGACUGGAAUGGGUAUUCAUAAAUGUUUUGGGGACUGCAAAGAGCAGUAGAGAGGGAGAGGGUUUAAUUUUAUUUGUCUCAUGUUGAUAAAAAGGUAAAAUAAAUAGUUGAUUCAAAAGUAGAGUAGUUCUGUUGUCAUCUACAUGUAAAGUGGUUCUCAAUAUGAACACUAAUUUGAACCUACUUCAUCUGAAGCCUUUAUCAUUUACAGUCUUAAAACAACCUACAUGUCACUUGCACUCAAAGAGAGACUUAAUUUAAAAAAAUACAUAACAUGUGUAUUAAUCUUGUACUAUUCAAUUUAACUGAAACCACUGCUCUUAGCCCAAUAUAACAGCAGGCGUUUACUGUUGAAUUGAAAUAAACUGUAGGAAAAAUGUACCGGUAUGUAUAAUUUAUCCUUACUAACACUGAAUGGGCUAGUAGGGUAAUCCACAAGCACAUGUAUACAUGUAAGUAAGAAAAUAGUC